AUGAUGUCCGUCGCUUCCCACGAAUUCCAGUCCCAGCCUUAUUACUAUAUCCCCCUCCGUCCUGUCUCUUCCCAAAGGCCACAGCCUCAGCAAGAAGUCCCAUACUUCCCUUACCCCAAUAUCAAUAACACACACACUUUUGACCCUGCCACCGUCGACGCCAUGGCCGCCGCAGCUGCUAGUCACAGACGCUCCCAACAAGAAGAUGCCAGUGUCGCGCAGGCUCUUGAGAUUGCUCGGGAGAGCCCUGAUGGCUCAUCGGACCCUACUAUCAGCAAGAUUCUCGAGGCCGCUCUGACACGAAUCUGGGACAAGGUGGAAAGGAAUCCCAAUACCUAUAUCAUGACUCGAGAUGAGUUUGCUGUCUUCAACUUCUUUCAGUACCGCUUCACCGGCGACAAGAGAGCAGUGAGCGCUCGAAAGCGAUACUGGGACAACACACAUGCCUGA